AUGAUUUAUUCGAACACUCUGUUUCCCCGGACUUUCAUCCCCCGCCUUGCCUCAGCUUCCUUACCAAAAAGAACUCCACGGCGACACCACUCGACUAAGCAAGGAUACCAUGAUGUCGCCAUCGCCCCAGGCCCUGUCAAGGCGCCCAUCGAAGUCUCAUCAAUGAGAAGACUGCCCACAAAAGUUCUACUGCGAUCUUUGAUCUUGACAUCUUUGAUGACCUCAAAGGUCUUCUUGAAACCUGCGCUAGCACUGCUCAAUGUUCUCAGUACCUCGUCCUCUCCUUUACUGAACGCCGACCGAAACCCAAUUCUGAACAGGCUUCUUCGAUGGACUGUUUAUAACCAUUUCUGCGCGGGAACGAAUCGACAGGAAGUCUCAAAGACCGUGGCGCAGAUAAAGGGAAUGGGAUAUCAGGGUGUGAUCUUGGGAUACUCAAGAGAGAUUGUUCUUGAUCCGAACGAGAAGUUGACUCAUGAUGGAUCGGGUGCUAGCACAUACAGCGAUAAGUGCUACGAGACGGUAGAGGAGUGGAAACAGGGUACACUGGAAACGCUUCGAAUGGUGGGACCUGGGGAUUUACUUGCUGUGAAACUUACCGGUGCUGGGCCCAUCUCUGUUGAUGCCAUGAUAGCAAAACGACCAAUGCCGGAUGUACUUGUCAAAGCGAUGGACGAAAUUUGUUCCAUGACAAAGCAACAAGGCUCUCGCCUCUGGCUAGAUGCUGAACAGCAAGUCCUUCAGACUGGGUUGGAUAACUGGGCAAUUGAGAUUAUGCGGAGACAUAAUAAGACUGAUACUCCUUUGGUCUACAAUACUAUUCAAGGGUAUCUCAAAGCGUCAAAGGCAAAUCUGGACAACCACAUCAGACUGGCUGCACAGGAAGAAUGGUCUUUGGGGAUCAAACUGGUCCGUGGGGCCUACAUCGAACAUGAAACUCGCUCUCUCAUCCAUGAUACCAAGGAAGAGACGGAUCAGUCCUACGACUUGAUCGCUGAUACAAUGUUAUGUCGAAGAAUGCCAGAGGAUCUUAAGCAGUUGAAGUUUCCCAAUGCUGCACUAUUUCUUGCGACGCACAAUGCCCCGAGUGCCGCAAAGGCAAUCGCCACCCACCAAGAUCGACUUCUUGCACACAAGCCUACUGUUCUGAUGGAAUGUGGACAGAUUCAAGGGAUGGCGGAUGAGUUGAGCUGUGAAUUAGUGCAUAAUUACGAAAGAGCCAUGGAGAGUUCAUCUGCUACCAAUAUAUCCGUUCCGAAGGCCUUCAAGUGUAUGGCUUGGGGUUCGGUUGCGGAAUGUAUGCAGUAUCUUCACCGUCGGGCGAUUGAGAAUAAGGGUGCUGUCGAACGCACACAACAUAUGGUGAAUGCAUUGCGCCAGGAGCUAUGGCGAAGAAUUAUAGGUUAA